UAAACAUUUGAUUAUUUUUUAAACUACGUGACAAGUGAUAUAAUGAUUGGACAUUUUUUUUCUUACAUUUGUUUAGAAAAUGAAAAAGAGAUAAAUAUGUUGUUUAUAUUAAAGGAAGUUACUGUGCGAUGAAUAUAUACCUAUAUAUACGUAUACAAUUGCAUAAAUAUUUUUCAUUUAUGGGCUAGACCACAAAUAGUAACACUCAACAUGAAUUCAAUACCACUUUUGUUUUUAAAUUGUGUUGUAGCGGUACUGUCAUUUAACCAGUUUGCUAUUGAUACCGAACAGUGGAAAUCAAUCAAUCUCGGAGGAGAACAAUCAUAUAAUCAAAUCUAUGAACAAUACUUAAAUUACUAUAAUUAUUUAUAUCAGCAAAAUUAUACUUUAAAUAACCAAAACAAUAAUGUGAACACCAAUCUAAUUCCAACAAAUAUUACAAAUACCAUUCCAAUAAAAGUAUUCAAAAUGGAAAAUAGAUCAACAGUUAAUGACAAACAGCCAACUUUAACACCAACAUUCCCAAGAAAAAACAAGAUAUUGUUACUUCAUAAGCCUAAUAUAGAGCCAAAGAAACCAUUCAAAUCAAAAAUAAGAUCUCUUUUAUAUAGAUCUCAAAAUAAAAAUAAAUGAUACAUAA